AUGGUUUCUCCAAAAGCGGCUCCAGAAAAAGCCAAAAUUGUUAAAGUUGAACCUUUGGAUUCAAAAGAUGCUAAAUGGACAAAGUUAGAAAAGAUAACAUAUACUGAUCCAAAUGGAAAGGAAAGACCAUGGGAGUGUGCAUCUCGCCCAACAAGACCAAAAAGCUCGGACGUUGAUGCUGUCGCUAUUAUCGCUAUACUAGAAAAACCAGAUGGCCCUGAGAUUGUGUUGCAAAAACAAUUUAGACCACCUACUGGAGGUGUUUGUAUUGAAGUUCCAGCAGGCCUUGUUGACCCUAAUGAAUCGAUUGAAACCACUGCACUUCGUGAAUUGAAAGAAGAAACCGGUUACAUUGGUAAAGUUAUUUCAAAAUCACCAACUAUUUUCAAUGAUCCUGGAUUUUGUUCCACAAAUCUUUCUUUGGUUGUUACUUCUAUUGAUUUAGGUGAUGAAAGAAACCAAAACCCAACCCCUGAAUUAGAAGAAGGCGAGUUUAUUGAAACAUUUUCCGUCCCUAUAAAAGAUUUUGAUGAUCAAUUGAGAAAAUUGGAUUCACAAGGAUAUAAAAUCGAUUCAAGGGUUCAAAACAUUGCAGAAGGGAUCAAGAUUGCACAAAAAUUUAAGCUUUGA